AUGUUACUUCGCAACUAUCGCCGUUCCCCUCGGAGACGGCUGUUACGGUUCCUCGUUUAUGUCCUCACUGCAUUGUCUGUCUUUGACCUUCUGACCAUCCUCAAACACCACCGAGAGUUUUCCCGAAAUCUACUCUCUCAUACCUAUACGGACCUCUCGACUCUGCCCUCGCCGGCACAGAACCAGAAAAUCUUCAUCUGCGCCCAGUUCUGGACCAAUGCAAAAAUCAUCCAAGAUCGCUGGGGCCAGGCUCUUCUCGACUUGGUUGGGGUGUUGGGCACGGAGAAUGUGUUCGUGAGCAUAUAUGAGAGUGGAAGCUUGGAUAAUACCAAAGAUGUCCUCAAAAUCUUGGACCGAGUACUCGAGGAGAAUAAAAUCUCUCGAUCAAUCGUGCUCGAUCCCACCACCCAUGCAGAUGAAGUCAAUGCCGGUCCACUCGAUGAACAAGGUCAUCCACGCUCGGGAUGGAUUCAGACUACCACGGUGGGAGCUGGAAAGGAAAUGCGACGCAUACCUUACCUUGCCCGGCUACGAAACAAAUCUCUCCAACCUCUCUUCGACCUGCAUGAACGAGGUCACAACUUUGACAAAAUCCUCUAUUUGAACGACGUGGUAUUCCGCCCAAGAGAUGUGCUGUCGCUCCUGGCCACCAACCAAGGUUCUUUCUCCGCGGCUUGUGCUCUGGACUUCCACUAUCCACCCGCCUACUACGACACAUUCGCCCUCCGUGACAGCGAAGGUCUAGGCACAAUCAUGACUUCUUUUCCAUAUUUCCGAUCCCUCGACUCACGCGAAGCCAUGCUCCAGGGCCGGGCCACUAAAGUUCAAUCCUGCUGGAACGGUAUGAUCGCCAUGGACACAACGCCGUUCUACGAGGGUCUUCGCUUCCGUGCGUUGUCCGACAGUCUGGCGUCUAAGCACCUCGAAGCUAGCGAGUGUUGCCUCAUCCACACGGACAUGACCGCCAUGAACCUCGGCCGGAGAGGCAUCUACAUCAACCCCGCUGUCCGCGUAGGCUACACCAUCAGCGCAUAUAACUUGACUCAUGCCGGUCCUGAAGAAACCUUCGUCUCUUCCACAGAUUACGUCCGUGGUGUCUGGUUGAACCGGCUCAAGCGGAAUGUGAUUGGCAAGGUAACAAAGCAAAUGAAAGAAGUGACGAGGAAGAUGGAGCGCUGGAAGAAAGAAGGCGAAAACUCCCUAGAGAGACGUGAGGAGAACGGUGAAUUAUGCAUCAUUGAUGAACAGCACAUCUUGAUCUGGAAUGGAUGGAAGCAUGUUUGA